AUGCCAAGACUGCAGCUCUGCAUAUUUUCUGCCACCAUAUGUGGACAAAGAGAGGUGGCAGCGGGUGAGGAGAUGGAUGGGGUGAGGAUGGUGAUGGACACAGGUAGCUUGGCACAGCUCAGAGCCCCCUUCCACCUGGCAUUAGCUCCCAUUGUGUUGCUCCCCGAUUUCCUGGCAGAGCCUUUGAUUGAACUGGCGGUGAGGCUAAGUGGCUGUAAUCUUUCAGAGAGAAGCUGUGAAGCACUGUCGUCAGUUCUCGGCUCACAUUCCUCUAGUCUGAGGGAACUGGACCUGAGUAACAACAAACCGAAGGAUUCAGGAGUGAAGCUGCUCUGUGCUGGACUGGAGAGUCCAAACUGUGCGCUCGAGAUACUCAGGUUGAGUCAAGCCAGGUUAACAAAGCAAAGCUGUCAGGAGCUUUCAUCAGUUCUCGGCUCACAGUCCUCUCGUCUGAGAGAGCUGGACCUGAGUAACAACGACCUGCAGGAUUCAGGAGUUGGGCGGCUCUCUGCUGGACUAGAGAGUCCACACUGUACACUGGAGACUCUCAGGCUGAGUGGUUGUCAUCUUUCAGAGAGAAGCUGUGAAGCUCUGUCUUCAGUUCUCAGCUCACACUCCUCUUCUCUGACGGAGCUUGAUCUGAGUAACAAUGACCUUCAGGACUCAGGAGUGAAGCUGCUCUCUGCUGGACUGGAGAGUCCAAACUGUGCACUGAAGACCCUCAGGUUGAGUCAAACUGGGCUUAAAAAGAAAUGCCAGGAGCUUUCAUCAAUUCUCAGCUCCCAGUCCUCUGGACUGAAAGAUCUGGAUCUGAGUAACAACGACCUGCAGGAUGCAGGAGUGGAGCUGCUCUCUGCUGGACUGGGGAGUCCACACUGUAUGCUGGAGACUAUGAGGCUAUCAGGCUGUCUGAUCACAGAGGAAGGCUGUACUUCUGUGGUUUCAGCUCUGAGAUCUAACCCCUCACAUCUGAAGACGCUGGAUCUGAGCUACAAUCAUCCAGGAGACUCAGGAAUAGAGGUGCUGUCUGCUGGACGGGAGGAUCCACAUUGGAAACUGAAAAAUCUCAGGGUGGAACAUUGUGGAGAGCAGAUGCUAAAACCUGGUCUAAGGAAGUAUGCCUGUGAACUUACAAUGGACACAUACACAAUGAACAGAAACCUCAAGCUGUCUGACAACAACAGGAAGGUGACAGCAGUGACUGAGGAGCAGCCAUAUCAAGAUCAUCCAGAGAGGUUUGACUACUGGCCUCAGCUGAUGUGCAGCAAUGGUCUGACUGGUCGCUGUUACUGGGAGGUUGAGUGGAGAGGAAGGGUCUUCAUAUCAGUGACUUACAGUGGAAUCGAAAGAAAAGGAAACAGAGGUCGCUCCAGGUUUGGAGGGAAUGACCAUUCCUGGAGUCUGUUGUGCUCGGAUGUUGAAGGUUACUCAGUCUGGCAUAACAAGAGAAGUAUAUACCUCCCUUACUCCUCCUCCUCCUCCUCCUCCUCCUCCUCCUCUGUCUCUAACAGAGUGGCAGCGUAUGUGGACUUUCCUGCAGGAACUCUUUCCUUCUACAUUGUCUCCUCUGACACACUGAUCCACCUCCACACUUUGCAAACCACAUUCUCUGAACCUCUUUAUCCUGGAUUCGGCUUUGGGCUUGGGUUAUUGCCAUAUAGUCCCUCUGUGUCUCUGUGUUCACUGUAGGAGGGAGAGUCUGAAAAACACACAUGCACUUUUUCACCGCAAAGAAGUCCACGGCCACAAAGUGUUGUCUGUCUUCCUGAUGCACACUCUUAUCGUUUAGUUGUAAUGUCAUUUUUUGUGGUCAUCAAUUUCCCCAAAUACCCAGGAUAGACCAACAAAAUGUGAACACAAAGAGCAAAGAAAGUCUGAACGCAAUGUGCUUGGAAUUGACUCACCUUAUGCUCUCUUAUUGUGUCACUUUAUGUCUACACAUUUUUAGUGCCUUAAACCACAUUUUAAAUAUGAUUUUGUUCUGAUUUGUCCGAUAAAGACGUUUUUCUCAAAUUAGUAGUCCAUAAUAUCGGUGUCCAAAAAAUCAGGUUUCAGACCCACAUGAUAAUAUCAAAAUAUGAUUGUUUCUUCAAACCAAUGUAUUAGAUAUAUAGAUGGAUAUAUAGAGAUGGGUGGAUGGAUAGAUAGAUA